AGGGACUGUUGCAAUCGCCUAUCUAUUAUGUCAGCAAAGCCUUGCAUGAUGCCGAAUUACGUUAUCCCCCGAUGGAAAAAAUAACAUUUGCGCUGGUCUUUGCUGCACAGAAAUUACGACCUUAUUUUCAAGAACAUUCCAUAACUGUCCGCACUUCGUAUCCACUUCUACAAAUCCUGCACCGACCUGAUACCUCGGGACGCAUGGUCAAAUGGGCCAUUGAGCUCGGACAAUUCGACAUCCAUUAUCAACCGAGGACCGCGAUCAAGGCUCAAGCCUUAUCUGACUUCAUCGCCGAGUUCACUCCGGCCAUAACAGUUCAUCGUGAUAAUCAACCAUGGGCCCUCUAUAUUGAUGGAUCCUCAACAGCCAACCGAGCAGGUGUAGGGAUAGUUUUAGCUGACCCGGAAAACCGGUUAUUCUGUCACUCGGUAAAGUUUCUCUUCCCGGCAACCAACAAUGAAGCCGAAUACGAAGCCUUGCUAUCCGGAUUGAAUUUGGCGGAAUCCAUGAACGUGAGGCACCUUAAAGUCUUCUCGGACUCUCAACUCCUUGUGAACCAAAUCAAUGGUUCAUAUAAAGUCAAAGAACCUCGGUUGACACCUUAUCUCUCUUUGGCCAAACGGAAAUUAUCAAAAUUUUCCGCCGACCUCGAACAUAUCCCCCGAACUCUUAAUGUUCGAGCAGAUGCCUUAUCUCGGCUGGCAUCCAGUACAGGGAUGGAAAGCGCGGAGUAUGUCCAAAUUGGCCAGCAAGAGCAACCGUCGACUGCACUUUUCGAGGUCGCAGCUAUCGAUCCGGUGACGCCACAAAAGCCACCGACUUGGAUGGAUCCUAUUAUUCAUUAUUUGGAAACUGGGGCCCUGCCCCCAGACCCAAAAGAAGCUCGUGCACUUCAGAUCCGAGCAGCUCGGUACACAUUGGACAAUAGAACUUU